GUCGUGGGUCCGCGGAGCGUAUAAAAGUUGCCGGCCGGCAAGCGUUUGUCAUCAGUUUGCCAGCUUGCAGCUUUGUGGAAACCAAACCAACAAGCUCUCAGCGAAAUCGACAGGAAAAACUAUUCCAAGGCAAACAAAGAAAAUUGUAUUCAUUACGCCAUUGCGGGAAAUUCAGUCCAAAGAGAAUCCUUAGACAUGAGCGAGGUGACCAGAGACCUGCGACAGCAGCAGGAGCAGCAGGAUCCCGUCGAGCUGCUCGACUGCGACAUCGACUUCGAGGACGCUCCGUCUCCAGUGGCUGUCCCGGAGGCAGCCAAGAACCCGGCCAGUUCGACCCGGCUCUUCAACAAGGCCAUCAGGAAGGUGUCCAAGGUGCAGCGCAUGCUGGAGCAGGCACGCAUCCUGCUGGCCGAGGAGCAAGAGCAAGAGCAGUCCACCUCUAAGAAGGCCCAGAAGCAGCUGAAGAAGCAGGCCAAGAAGGCCAAGAAGCAGCAGAAGAAGCAGGCCAAGAGGGCCAAGAAGCAGGCCAAAAAGGGCGCCGAGGGAGAGCUUCUAGCGGAGGAGCCAGAGCUCCCUCAACGUUCCCGUUCGAACAGCGUCAGCUCCACCUCGAGCUCAUCCAGCUCCAGCUCCAGUUCUAGCUCCAGCUCCAGCUCCAGCUCGAGCUCUACUUCUGGCGAAGAUCAGGAGGUGAACUUCUAUGGCUACGGCUGGGGUCGCAAUCCCUGGCGCCGGGGACCUCAUGGUCAUCAUCAUGGUCGUCGUCACAGCAUUGGCCAUAAGCAUGGAAAGCACGGUCAUCAUGGAAGGAGACAUGGGCAUGGACAUGGUCACAAGCAUGGUCAUGGUCAUGGUCACGGUCAUGGUCACGGUCAUGGUCAUGGCCACGGUCACCGUCGCCAUCACUUGGGACCCCAUCACUUUGGACCCCACCACUUUGGUCCCCAUCACUUUGGACCCCACCACUUUGGUCCCCAUCACUUUGGACCCCAUCACUUUGGACCCCAUCACUUUGGUCCCCAUCCUUGGGGACCUUGGCAGGAUCAGUGUCAGUUUUUUCGGUCGAUGGGCCUGCCGUGGGCCCGAGAACCAAUCACGGACUGCCGCUGCAGGAGGAGCCGAUCUCUGUCUAGAUCCGCCCACGCAAAUCGUCGAGAUUUUGGACACGGACACGGAUUCGGACACGGAUACGGAUACGGAUACGGACACGGACAUGGCCACCAGGGUCGAUCACAUGACCGUCGAGUAGAGCGCUCCAGCUCCAGCUCCAGUUCCACUUCGGAGAGCGACCAGGAGCUCAGGAAACGGAAGAAGAAUAAGAAGCAUGGCGACAAGUCUAGGUCCAGGUCGAGCUCCAGUUCCAGCUCCAGUUCGAGUUCCAGCUCCGACGAGGAGCGUAAGACCAAGAAGCAGAGGAAGAAGAAGGGCAGCAGCUCCUCCUCGUCGAGCUCAUCAAGUUCCAGUUCGGACAGCGAAGAAAAGGUGGAGAAGAGGCACAAACGCCGUCAUGACAGGCCGCAUCAUGGCCCACAUCAUGGCCAUCAUUUUGGUCCUCAUCAUGGCCCACAUCAUGGCUCCCACCAUGGCCCCCAUCAUGGCCCACAUCAUGGGCCACAUCAUGGGCCACAUCAUCAUCAGGUUGCCUCUCUCCUUGCUAAUCCACCGCAUUCCAUACCCGGUUUCUCUUGGACACAUCGUGGACGCACUGAGCCUCUAGGGGUUCCUCCUUUACAUCCGCCUGCUUUUGGCCCGGCAGCCUUUGGACCAGCGCCACCACCACCUUUUGGCCCGCCAGCCCCAGACCAGGAUCGUCGUCGUCAAGGACGCUCUCUGUCCCGUUCCCAUCAGGAGAGAUCCCACUCCAGACCACGCUCUCGUUCCCACUCUCGAUCGGAGGAAAGGCCGCAGAAACACUGCCAGAAAAAGGACAAAAAGUGCAAGGACAAGGGCAAGAAGCACAAGAAGCACCAGAAGCAUGGACAUGGCAAGCAUUCAGCUUAGUCCCAAUUCCGGGAAGCUUCUAAGAUUUAUCAAUAUUCCUUCAAUACCCCAACUAUAUCAUUUUCAAACUAUAUUCCUUCAACUAUAUCCUAUAUACUACAAAAAAAUUGAA